ACUUCAACCCCCAACAAUCCCAACUCAGACGCUACACACAGUCUUUGGAGACCGUCAUCCCCCUCACUUCCGUCACCAGGAAAUCAUAAUCCCACGGACUGCUAUCUAGAGAUGUGUGUAAACCACGCGUGCAACUUGUGUUUAUAACGCACAUAGACUGAGCGGGCUGCAUACGAGUGGUUGGUCCUAUGAUGAGAACUGACAAUUUUUUUUAGAUGAGUUUAGUGGAAAAGCUGGACGACAGCUCCAUGAUCAUAUUGAAAAAGAUUUUGUCUGUGAUCCGAGACUGAGCUACCGAGAAACUGCUGCUACUGGAAUUUUUCAUCGUUGAACGCCCAGCAAACUGAUUUCGAUAUACGCCAUACUAGUACUAACUGUCACAUUUGACAGGGAAAUAGGUAUAUCAUUGUAAACUGCGCUCACAAUCUCAAAAAGGCAAACAAGUCCGGGACAACCAAAGGUGCUGACGUCUGCCAAGUAUACCCACAGACUGUCCAUACGUCUCAUUUCACCCGUCACCCGGGACCCGUCUGGCCCGCUCCGAUCGUUGCCCUACGGACCCCGUACUGAUAGACUGCCGAACGAACCAUCGGUGACCCUGAAAUUUGUUUGGGUAACUGAGGUACAAAAGUCUACUACUCGGACGUAGUCUGCAAUAAUGUGGCUGUCUGCUGCCUUUCUCUUAGUGCUCGAAGUUUUCUUGAACCUCAGUCUUAGGUGUGGACAAGUACAAGGGUUCUUCGUUCCAUUCUGCGAGGACAACCGCCGGUUCGCGAACGGGUUCAUCAAGUACAAGAAUCUUCCCCAGGGGAGCAAGACGUUCUACAGUCGGGCGCAGCUGACCAACGGCGUCCUCAAGUUGUACAAGUGCCACAAGGGUUUUAUCGUCAAGGGAAGUCCGUCCGCCGAGUGUGUCAACGGUGUAUGGAACAAUAAGGCGCCGAGAUGCGUCCCAGCCGGCUGCGAGAGGCUUCAACCCACCGUCAACAACUACGAGACGAUCCAGUACUCCAACGAGCCUCGGUCGGACGCGACGUACCGUCACGGCACAGUGGUUCAGGUGUACUGCCUGCAAGGGACGUCACUGGUAGACGGGGAUGGGUCCACCACCUGCACGGCUGGCGAGUGGCUGCUGGGCAUCCCGUUCUGUCUGACCCGGGAGACGUUGACGGCCGACGCGGACCCUAUGAACGCUGACCAUGUGUGUGAACUUCCGCACCUGUGGUCGGGUAUCUAUCUCAACGACGCCCCCGACGCCGUGACAGACGGCACGGAGGUCGAGUACGAGUGCUCCCCGUUCGCCGAGCGAACUACCGACAUCCCGGUGCAGUGUUACCAGGGAGAGUGGUACCCUGACUCCCCAUCCUGUAUAGAAAAGAGUUGUCAGCUCCCCGACCUCCCGCCUUACGUCCUCGUAUCCAACGAUCUGAGCGAUCCCGAGAAGUUACCCCACGGUAAACACCUUCAGUUCGAUUGCGAGAAGGGCUACCGCAAGGUACAAGGUGACGACGAGAUCCGCUGCUGGUUCGGCGAGUGGACCGGGAACGUACCGAGGUGUGAACUAGACUCCUCCGAGGAUUUUUCCAUCUGCGGCGUGUCCGGAGACAUCACCCAGCCAGUCCGAGGCCGAGUCAUCGGUGGGUUCGACGCCAACGAUGCUGCCUGGCCGUGGCAGGCCGCCGUACGUUGGCAGCGAGAUGACGGCUCGUGGUUUUUCUUCUGUGGCGGGACUUUGGUGGCACAAAACUGGGUCCUUUCGGCCGGUCACUGCUUUGGGUACGAUGAGGAUAUAGCCCGACUACAGGUCAAACUAGGACUUACACAUCGUGAACACGACAGCGGAACGUACAAAGAGCAAGUCUUCAACAUAGACGGUUUGUACUUACCUAAACAACACGAUUUCAUCAACUUCGACUACGACAUUGCACUCUUGCACCUAGCCGAGCCUGCCGUGCUCAACACCUUCGUCAGGCCAGUGUGUCUGCCUGAUGUACCGGGACCAGACGAUGACGUAGACGCGUUGAUUGUAGUGGACCAGUUUGCAAUGGUCCUAGGCUGGGGCCACAGCUCCCCAGUCCCGGCCAACAGCAGUCGGGGCAGCGACUUCGAAGACGUACUCCAGCAACUGGAGAUGCCGCUCCGUACCGACAUCACCUGCAUCAACAGCCUGAUACGAAUCGGGGAAGAACCAGAUCAGUUCACGCCUCACAUGUUCUGCGCCGGGUUCAACCGCAAGCAGCGCGACGCCUGCUUCGGGGACUCCGGCGGGCCGCUGAUGCGGCGCAUCCUGCCGCCCGCACCGGGCGAGACGGACUGGCGGUGGGUGCAGAUCGGCAUCGUGAGCUCGGGCAAAGGAUGCGCCGUUAAGGGACAGUUCGCCUUCUACACCCAUGUGCCAAAGCUCAUGUGGUGGGUGGAUCAGGUCAUGAGGAGCAACCACACGCCCUCAGAACAUGACAUGUACCUUGUAUGAUUCCUGGGAGACUGUUGCCACAGAAACAAACUUUUUUUUUUUUAUAAAAGAGAGAAAUCACACACAUCGUGGCCACUCAUGAAAUUUGAAAAUCCCAAGAUGACUAGUGAAAGGAAUCCCCAAGAUAUCAGGAUUAUGUAGCACAGACAUGUGAAUGUGGCUCACUAAGUGUUCAAUUAACACUUUGCGCAUGCGCAAUCCAUACUUUUGUGUGUUCUCAAUGCGUUAACAAAUUCCCAAGGCUCAGCGAAACGUUCCCAAGACCUAGCCUAACUUCCCAAGAUCUUGGGAAAAAUCCCAAUGAGUGUUCACGGACUCCACAAUAGGCCAAUGUACGAGAGAAUGGCGGCGCUAUAUCUAUGCAGUGUUGGGGGUCACAAACAGACAUGACUCCAAUGUUAUAGACGUAAGUCCAAAAAGUUACAAUCUUCAAUUUUAAGGUUGAAAUAAAGUUGCAAAAUCAAUUCCAGUAAACGUGAUAUGUCUACUGUUGGUCCCCAUAAAAUGGGGUCAUAAUAGCGCCCUCACUCGCCCAAUACUAGAUGGAAUAAAGGUCAUCAUUAUUUUCACUCGACUGAUAAAGUCUAAUUUAUUCUCCGUUCAAUUUUUCUCCAUUUGACAUUUUUAGGAGAUUUGUUUUGAAAAAUAGUGGGUUUUUGGCUGGUUUUGAUAUGCAAAAACGUUGCGGCAAGGAUAUGGUGCAUAAAAGAUAUAGCAUCAUUUGAAAACCACUUAAAAUAAUACUACAGUGUAUGUUUCUAUGCUCGCCACUGUUGUAUAUCUUUCAAAAUAAAACUAAUUCGGCUUUCAUUUUUAAAGUCAGUAUUAUACUAUUAAUUAAACUUUGACUUAUUUGAUUUACUAUUUAAUAGUAUUUCUUGUUAGUUUAAUUCUCCUUAUUCGUUGUCCCUGUUGUUCUGUGUUAUUCUAUUUAAAAGAAACUUAAUGUCACACUCUUAUGUGGCUAAUAAUUACUGGAAUUCAACUCGCGUCCUCUUUUUUUUAAUCACUAAGUUGAUAUGCACGUAACUAUUAAUUUAAAAAAAAAUACAACUUUUCUUAUAUUUUGGACGUAUGAAUUGUGAGUAAAAGUAAUUAUAUGCAACCCUAACAUUUAUUAUUUUUUUUAAAAUUGUAUAUCGAUUCAUAAAUUAGGUAAAGUUUCCUGCAAAUACCUAGUGAAUACUGUAAUGUUCAAACGUUGUAUUAUCCGUAUACCUGAUUUACAUUCUAAGGAUGGAA